AUGGCAACGGACGCGGGGUUCUGGACUCCGACUCUCCCGAGCCCCCAGCUUCGCGGGAGGCGGCCGGCUGAGGCGCGGGCUCCGAUGGCGGGCAAGGGCGACACGCCCGAGACCGAGGAGUGCUGGAAGAUCCUCGAGAGCCUCGAGUCGACUAUUGAGCAAUGCCGGUUCAGCCCCAGACUUAAAAUUUCCGAUGAUUUGAAGAUUGGCUUUUUCAGCACAGACCAUGCUACUCAAACAGAUUCCAAUGAAAUUUUGCCAUUGAAAGAGUUGAGUUCAUCUACAGAGAAGCUAGUUCAGGUCAUUAGAUCUCUUCAGGUGGAUUUUGGGUUCCUCAGAGAAUUGCUUCAGCUGAAGUUUGAGGACCGUCUUAAAGAGGAGUCUUUCAACCUGUUCACUGCUCUGCAUGACAGGAUCCUAACAAUCGAAAAACACUAUCAAGAGAAUGAGGACAUCAUAAGAAAAUGCUACAAUCAGCAGUUGGCCGAUGCCAUAGCUGUUAUCAAAGGAACGUACAAGCAAUUCUUUGAGGUGGAGGAAGAGACUUUUGUGAAAGAAUCAGCUACUCUCAAAAUGAGUAAUUUGUUAAAAAGACUGAAGGAGAGAGAAGAAACGAUUAAGGAGUUACGAGAAGAGCUAUGCCAAUAUGAAGAGUCUAGAUUUCAAAAACUUGACGCUUUUGCCAGAGAGACAGCUCUAGAAAGAGAGGAUUUGGAGUACAAACUGGAAAACGAGAGGCUGCUUCAAAUCGUUUCAGAGCUCGAAGAAGCAAUCCGACUCAAUCUAAGGGAAAAUGCAGUAUUAGAAGAUGAAAUUAUAACUCUGAAAGAGAUGGCAGCAAAGGAUCAUAGAACUAUUCAAAAGCUAAUUGAUGGUAGAGACAGAUUGCUAUGUGAGCUUGAUUAUGAAAAAUCAGUAGUUCAAGAAAUGAUUAAUAAACAGAAGGAGGACAUGGAAACAAGGAAGAGGAUUGAGAGCCUAAGCGUCAAGAGCUGGAGAACACUCAAGGAGAAAGAAACCUCUUUGUCUCUGUGGUCCUCACAACCCAGGAUUCCAUCCAGGCCUGGAACCAUUUCAAGGGCACGCUCGCCCUCCAGUUUAGCGCCUGUUAAGACCAAGAAAGUUAAGACUCCGAAGAAAUCUGCCAAGGAAGAACAGCCUGUGGUAAGAUCUCCAAAACCAGUCGGAGUGCACGAAGAAAAGAAGGAGAGAUUACCAGUGGCUAAGAUGGAAGACAAACAUGAUUUGGAAGAGCAAAUACGAGUGCUAAGGGCAAAUUUAGAAAGUGAGAAAAGGAAGAUAGAAAGAUUUAAGAAAGAAUCUGAAUGGAUAAACAAAAACUGGGAAAAGAAAUUCUAUAUUCUCAGGAACAGCUUUCAUGUCCUUAAAAAUGAGAUGUUUACUAGGCACACGUUGUUUCGCCAGUUUGCAGUACUUGCUGAUUCAUCCUUCAAUUAUAUUAAAUUAAAACCUUUAUUUGUGGAGUCUAAAAUGAACCUGAUAACAGGCCGUACUUCCUCUUCAAGCGAUCAUACACCUGUGCUAGACAACAAGGACACGGAUGUAGUCAGUGAUCAGACAUAUUUUCCCCCGUCACCAAAAGGGAGGGUGUCUGGAACCCUGGAAGAAGAGUCUUUGGAGAAGCCAUCGAUACUCCAGAAGAGCCCAGUGAAUGAUGUGGACGCUACUGAGUGAGGGGCAGGGCCCUGGGCUGCGCAGAGGGGGACCACAGAGAGGACCCUCUCCAUCCUGGCGUAAGGCUUGCCUCCCUGGCCAAGGGAUACUCCCUCCAAGGCGUUUCUAACAAAGCUGUUCCGUCUCCCCGAUGAUGUAGACUAACUCGAGGCCUGCCCUUGAAACGAAGAGAACGCGUCCGCCCGGCUGUGCGCACCUUUCCAAACCCUCAAAGGCAGGUGCUCGCUCAUGCUGGGUGAGAGGGACGCAGGGACUUCGAGGGGCUGCCAAAGCCACUGGGGGCGCUUCCUGGGCUCAGCAAGAUGCCCCAAAACCUUAGGGUGGGGAGGAACGGACUUCAAUUAAAAAAAGUUUGAGGCACUAA